AUGGCUACAACCACAGUAACCGGUCAUGGGCGACGCGCCUCCAUGCGCCAGACCGAAUUGCAAAUACCAACCAAACCCUCCAUUCCUCAAUCAACGAGCAGUCCGAUAGACAAAUUCCCGCCUUACGAAGACACCCUCGACGCCGUCGCGGGGUCAACCCGUCCAAAUCGAAGCGCCUCGGUGAAAUAUGCCCCGAACGAGCUCUGGGAACCCCGAAAAGCAAGCUUUUACUCACGAGAGUAUGGGAAUGGAUCAUUACGGAAUCCCAAACACCGCCCACGAAAGAGCAUCAGUGAAGCCAUCACGACAAUCAGAACACGUAAUGGCAGUAUGAGUGCCAGUGCUCAUGAAUUGGCCGAAGCACUUCGCGCCCCAGUCUCUUACCGACUCAUUGCUCUCUGUCUCGUUUGGUAUCUGACCUCUGCCCUCACAAAUACGUCCUCAAAGUCGAUAUUGAACGCCCUUCCGAUGCCGAUCACAUUGACCAUGAUUCAAUUUGCAUUUGUCUCCUUUUGGUGUUUGCUAUUGGUGUAUCUCUCUACAGUUAUACCCCGGUUGCGACAAGGUGUCCCAAUCCUUCAACAUGGAAUUCGCUACCCAUCCCGUGACGUGAUUGCCACAGCCUUGCCCCUGGCAGUAUUUCAAUUGGCUGGUCACAUUCUGAGCUCUAUGGCUACUGCACAAAUCCCCGUAUCUCUGGUCCACACUAUCAAGGGCCUUUCCCCUCUCUUCACGGUUCUAGCAUAUCGGGUCCUGUUUCGCAUUCGAUAUGCGCGGGCAACCUAUUUAUCGUUGAUUCCUCUGACUGUGGGUGUGAUGCUUGCAUGCUCUACCGGAGUGUCUACAAACUUUUUCGGUAUUUUUUGCGCAUUUGGUGCAGCUAUUGUGUUUGUCUCGCAAAACAUAUUCUCGAAGAAGCUGUUCAACGAAGUAGAAUCAGAUAUAGGGCGGCGGAAGUUGGACAAACUCAACUUGCUUUGCUAUUGCUCCGGGCUGGCUUUCUUUCUCACUCUGCCUAUCUGGUUUGUUACAGAGGGUUACCCGCUAGUAUCUGAUUUCAUUCAUGAUGGUGUGAUCUCGCUAUCGGGUAAGCAAGGCUCAUUGGACCACGGCGCUCUUUUCAUUGAGUUUGUCUUUAACGGAGUCUCACACUUUGCCCAAAACAUCCUGGCCUUUGUGUUGCUGUCAAUGGUUUCUCCCGUCUCCUACUCAGUUGCAUCAUUGGUCAAGCGUGUGUUUGUGAUCGUGGUGGCGAUUAUAUGGUUUGGGAGCUCAACCACCCCGAUUCAAGCAUUUGGCAUUGGCCUUACUUUCGUGGGCCUUUAUCUUUACGACCGCAAUAGUCAUGAUGAUGUAGCUGAUCAAAAGGCAAACACGGAUUAUUUCCGUGCCGAGCAGUCCAUUCUUCCAAUGAAUGUGCGACACCCAAGCAAGCCAUGGGACUCUAAUGGUUAUGCCUUCCCCGCAGAGAGGACCUUCGAAGGUGCCCCCAAUAACUCUCACAAUACAUCAAACAACUCCAAGAAGGAAGACGAUGGGCCUGGGCAUGUUCGACCAAGAGGGGCCAGUGUGUCUCGUACUUGGUUACCAGGGACCAAACAAGAAUCCACUUGGCAGGUUAGCGAUUCUCAAGCUGCAGCCUAG